CGUGUGUAGAGCGUUUGUAAAUCAACGGUGUGACCAUGUCCGAAACUGCGCCCGCUGUUGCAGUGACAGCAGCUGCUGCAGCAGCUCCUGUUCCAGCUUCAAAAGCUCCAGCUAAAAAGCCGAGGAAGGCGGCUGGAGGAGCCAAAGCCCGGAAGGCCGCGGGUCCCAGCGUGACCGAGCUGAUCACCAAGGCGGUGUCCGCUUCCAAGGAGCGCAAAGGGGUGUCGUUGGCCGCUCUUAAGAAGUCUCUGGCAGCCGGAGGGUACGAUGUGGAGAAGAACAACAGCCGCAUCAAGCUGGGGCUCAAGAGUCUGGUGAACAAGGGCACUUUAGUUCAUACUAAGGGUAUCGGUGCCUCGGGCUCUUUUAAGCUCAGCAAGAAGCCUGGUGAGACCAAGGAAAAGGCACCCAAGAAAAAGCCAGCGGCAAAGCCUAAGAAACCAGCUGCCAAGAAGCCCGCCACUGCCGCCAAGAAACCCAAAAAGGCUGCGGCCGUGAAAAAGAGCCCGAAAAAAGUCAAGAAACCAGCUGCAGCGGCCAAAAAAACUGCCAAGAGCCCGAAAAAGGUGAAAGCCGCCAAGCCUAAGAAGGCAGCCAAGAGCCCGGCUAAGGCCAAAGCGGUGAAGCCCAAGGCUGUCAAGCCCAAGCCGACGAAACCCAAAACAGUGAAGGCUAAGAGGGCCGCGCCUAAGAAGAAGUGAAAUGACGGGGAUUCAGUGUUACAUAGACUUUCCUUCGCCCAUUCGGGGUGGGCGAUCUUGAGAAAUCGACAGAUUACCUCCCAGGGAUUUUUAUUUGGUUUCCAGUCAGAUUCAUCGGUUGUUUAUAUAUUUAUAUUUAUAUUGUUUCGCAACGGCAAAAAUAACCUGUAAAGGAAGAUGUGUGUGUGUGUGUGUGUGUACAAUUUCUUAUUUUGUUAAUCCAAAACAACUCUGGUAAAUAUCCUAAUGCACUUUCUAAA